AUGAAGAAAAACUCAAUUGACAUUUUCUUGAGCACCGCGAAAGAGUCAGAGAAAAUGUUCUUCAUGUGGUACUCUUGUGUGUUCGAUCUAGUGCAUGGAUUGAGGCCGAACAUUGAGGAACCCGAUCCAGAGACCGAAGGACAAGUUACAGAAGGACAAGAUAACAAGAAGAAAUCCCCGGAAUGGGAUAUGGACAACGAUGAGUACUAUCGACAGUUUGCGAAUCGAAAGGAUGAACUUUACAGGACUCGAAGCAGACGCGAUAGUGCUGAUGAGUUUGGCUCUGAACUGACUGAAGUGAGGGAGCAAAGUGAUGUCGAGGAUGAGACAGAAACGGUGAAAGCAAGAUCAACAUGCACUGAGGAGAGCUAUGAUUCCGAUGUCACCGAAGAGGAUGAUGAGGAUGAGGCUGAGGCUGAGGCAGAUCUCGUCUGCUUCAGAAUUAGAGGAUUACCCGGACUCCUUCAAUUGGCCUCAAUCGCAACGACGAGAUCCGAAGAAUAUGAGACCGAUCAUUUUGGGAUUAUAGAGAUCUAUUCCGGUCCUGAAAGAAUGGCGAUUCUUCGAUCAAUCGGCAUGCCGAAUCCAUUCAAGAGAACGGCUAUUCGAAAACUUGCAAAAAUCUACUUCAACAAGAACAGCAACAAUUUUCGGCCCUACACUUGCUUGUUGAUUGCGAUGUUAUACGGAGCACACACAGCUGUUGGAGAGAUGUUCGAAGAGAUCAGUAAUGCUUAUGGAAAGCAAACGCCUGGCUCAAUCGACGAUAUGACUGGAGGACCGAUUGGUCAAUGCCAUUUUAUGAGCGAAAUGUGGUCUCGGUUCAAAGAUUUGCAGGAACUUAAGGAGAGGAAUUCAAAGGACUAUAGCACUGGGCACAAGCGAUGGUUGGCCAAAUAUAAGCAGUACUCUUCAGUUAAUGCUCAACCGGAGCUCUACGCUUGUUUAACGUUUAUGGCAAUGGUGUUGGAUACGGCUCACGCUGAGGAGCACAGGAGAACGUUGGCGCUGGAUAUGAGUGUCCCCUUCGUCUUGCGAAUCGCUUUUUGUGCAAUGUACAUGAAACGACUCGAACUUCUCUCAAUUCUAUGCACUCAAAUGGAAGUGGCAAACGAUUUGAACAAGCUGAUCUUUCUCGGUCUUGGGCCCCAUCCGCAGCAUUCGAGUGUUAUUGAAGUGGGUGUU